GACUGACCCUGCUGCUGCCCUAUCUCUUGACUCGGAGGAAGCGUUGGGCCGCGUGUAAGGUCAGAGUGUUUGUGGGAGGAGAUUCUGACAAGAAAGAGGAGCAAAGAGAAGAGGUGUUGGCACUGAUCAAGAAGUUUCGUCUUGGUUUCCAUGACGUUGAAGUGCUUCCUGAUAUCUACCAAAAUCCUCAGCCUGGAAACGUUCAUCAGUUUGAGAACAUGUUAGCUCGAUUCAGGCUGGAUAAGAACCUCAAACUGGGUUCUGACACAGGGACUCCCGGGCUGCAGGAGGAGCCGUGGAUGAUCACUGACCAGGAUGUAGAGAAAAACAAGGCCAAGUCUCUCCGCCAGAUUCGCCUGAAUGAGGUUCUGCAGGAUUAUUCCAGAGAAGCUGCUCUCAUUGUUAUCAUCAUGCCUGUGGGGAGGAGAGGGGCGUGUCCCAGUACGCUCUACCUCGCCUGGCUCGACUUCUUGUCUCGUGAUCUUAGACCUCCAGUCCUAAUGGUCAGAGGAAACCAGGAGAACGUCCUCACCUUCUACUGCCAAUGA